GCUCCCAGGAGAUCCACUGACAUCGCGAAACCAAGCAAAGUCAUGGCAUCCGCCGAAGAGAUCAUCCUGAACGCGCCGCACCGCCCAGGCGAGAAGGCCAUCGAGGCCUUCCACGUCGUCCUGCACACCAUCAAGUCCGAGAUCAUCAAGUCGCGGCACCACUGGAACAAGCACGAGCCCAAGAUGUGGGCACGCGCCGCGGGUCUCACUGAUGAGCAGCUCGUCCACUUCACGAUCGAGAGCGAUCUCGUCGAGGUCCGCAGCGCACCGACGUCGUACGGCACCAUCAUCCUGGGCAAGAUCAGACUUCCCGCCGUGCAGGAUGAGGAGGGUGCUGGCUAUGUGCAUAUCAGGAUUCACGACCCGCCCAAUCGAGGUACCGAGGAUGUGUUAUUCCAUUCGAUUUGGACAGACGAAGGCAACCGCAAUGUCGACGGCCAUCCGAUGACUUGGCGCGCAAUCCAGAUCGAGAGCACACCACUCGAGUUCUUCAACGAGUAGGCUUCGCCCCCGGGCCCGCGUUCCGCCUGAUGGAUAUCCGGAAGAUCUGUCUUGGACAACGGUCCGAUGUAUGAUGGAAUUUGAUCUGCUCGGGGACAUUUGUUGUUUUGCGGAUUCCAUGAUGUCGUGGCUGUGGUUUCAUGAUGGUCGUAGCAGCGAUAGAUGAAGAUAGCAGGUCGCCCUUGACGACGCAAAACAGCUCAGCAUAGAUACAUGUUCUUUGAGCACGAAAACAGAAUAAGGCGGCUGACACUUACACCUCAAUCCG